AUUUAUAUCAAAAUUUUAAAAACAAUUUUCUUAAUUAUACAAAGCGACAAUUAGAUUAAGCUCUAUAUAAUACAAAAAAUGUUUAUUUUUUAAAAAUUUGUUAAUAAAAAAAGCGCGCCUACUAAUCAAAAAGAUAUAAACGAUAGUCAAGAAUCUUAAGAAAAUAAUAAGAAAUAGUUUAGCUAAAAAAUAUAGCUUCCUCUAAGGAAAGCUUUAUUUCCAACUUUUUAUUCAAACUAGCCCACUAUAUAAAAUAUUUAUUAGGAUGGAGUUAAAAUUUUAUAAAAGUUAUAAGAAAUAAUUGAAUAGAUAUAAAGUAAUAAGCUAUUAUGCUCCUAAGAAAAUGUUAAAAAAUUAUGGAAAGAAAUUGACCAAGUAUUUUAAAAAUUAGAAGGCACUUAACUGAGCAAUUAGAUAAAAUUAAUAUUUUAUUAGUAUAUCUAUAAAACUCUUAAUAUUUAAGAAUAAGCUAUAGAUUUCAUUUCUGAUGAGCUAAAGUGCUAUGAUAAAGAGAAAUAUAGCUUAAUUUAGUUUUUUAUUUAAUGGUAAUAAUAAUAUUGUAAGCAUUACACUGAGGAGUGUACUUUAUCACUAAACAGAGGACUAAAUAUAUUAAAGAAUUUUAUAGAUUAGAUUGAUUCUUCUUUUGAGAUAUGCUGUUUUUUGAAUUUUUAUUCAUAAGAUAUACUUACUCCACUAGGGUUUUAGCAAAAUGAUAUGCAACAACUACAUUAAAAAAUAAAAAUUGAAAAUUAAAUAUAGGAAUAAACAAUAGUUAAUAUAUUAGAAACUGUGCUUUUUAUCUAUAAUUUGUAACUUUAUUUGCCCUCAUAGUUAGUUAAAUAGAAUUUUCCUUAUCUUAUUUAUAACAAAAAUCUCUUUUAGUAAAAAUAGUCUUAGCAGAUUAAUUCUAAUAAACCUGAUUAAUUAAGUAAAAUAAAUGAGGAAUGUGACAAAAAUAAGUUAAUCCAAUCAACUUUGAAGCUUACGAAAGAUUCAUAUUCUGAUGAUAAAAAUUCUAUCUAACAAAUAUCUAAAGAAUGGGAUAAAUAAUAAAAUAGUAUAGGUGACGAGCAAAUUCAUGAAAGUUAUGAAGAUAUUUAAUUAAAUUAAAGCUUUGAUGAUGCUUAGAGUAAUAUAGUUCAACCAAUAUCUUUUGUAUUAUGGCAAGAAUAUGAAAUUAUAAAAAGAUUUACUAAUUAUAUUGAUUUUAUUUAAUUAUUCAUUGAGAAAGUUAUUGUUUUUAAUUAAUAAGAUGAAUGUACUUCAAAUGUCUCAUUAAAAUCCUCCUCAAGGUAGUCUAUAUGUUAAGAUUAGCAAAAUGAUAUACUAAAGGCAUAAAUAUUAAUAAAGAGUUAUUUUUAUUUAUAAGAAAAUUAAAAAAUCGGAUUAAUAAACUUGUUAAAUUAAGUUUUAGAUAACUUAAAAACAGAUCUAAAUUUUAAUAAACUAAAGCAUUUAACAUAAUUAAUAUUAUUUUUUAUCACUAGUGAUGAAGUGGAAAGCAACCAUAAAAAAAUUAUUUUUUCAAAUAAGCUAAGUUAGGAGCUGUUAAUCCAUUUUCAAAAAUCUGAAUAAAAGAAGAUUCUUAAUCAUUAAAAUAUUAUUUAAAGCGAAUUAAUCUCUAAUUACCAACCCCUACUUGAUUUUUAACAAUGUGUUAUUAAAAAUGGUAAAACUAAAAAAGUUCAUAUAAAUUCGAAAUCAAAGAUAAACAUAAAUGUCGAUAUCUUUGAAAAGCUUUCUAUUGUCAAUCUUUCAAUAGGAAUAUUAAAUAAAGAUAUUAAGCUCUGCAUAAAAUAUCUAGGGCCUUUAGAUACGCCUGAAAAGAUUAAUCCUAUCGAGUUAAUUAGAACUGGCAAAAUAAAUUAAGCACCAUAUCGGAUUAAUUUUUUGGCAGAGUAAGAAGGCAUUUAUUGCAUUGAAUUUAUUAAUUCUUAUUCCUGGUUUGCAAGCAAAGAAAUAGAGUAUAGAAUUAAUAUUCUAACACCUUUUUAAGUUGGCUUAAACUAAUCGAGUUCAUUGACAAAAACUAUAUUUCCUAUAGCUUCAAAACCCUUCCAUUAGAAAGCAGUGGAGCAUUUCUAAGAGAACUAAAAAAUAUUUAAUCAAGCAACUGAUUAAGCUUUACUUGUUUUGAAUUAAAAUAUGCUAACAAUUUUAUAUAAGACAAAUAAUAAUUAGAAAUUUAGUAACAUUAUAGAAAUUUUUAAAAGUAAUGAAAAUUAAAAUAUAUUUGAAACCCUUGAACCUUAAGUAAUUAGCUCAUUAUGUAGCAUAAUAAAUUAAAUUUAUUAAUAAGAUUCAAAAAUAUACUUCAAUAAAAACUCUAAAAAUAAGUUAGUUUUGUAUAUUAUUGUAGACAAUGAAGAAUAAAUAGAAUAUUUUAACAGAGACUCUUUGUUUUAGCUUACUGUUUUACACAAUUUUCCAGUCUCUGAGAUAAUUAUUGAAUCUUAUCCUAAUAUUUUUAUCUAGAUGUUUUUAAUGUAAAAAGGUAUAAUUUAUAAGUAAAAAAUAAUACUUUAUUGGUAAUAUAAUAACAAUCUUUAUAAAUCUAAUAAUUAUGAAUGUGCUCAGCUAGUUGAAAAUAAUUUUGAUGAGGUAUACUAGAUCUCAUAUGACUAAAUUUCGUAGAAUUAGGUCUUAAUAAUAACAAAAUCAAACUUUGAAGAAAUUAAUUAAUCAGAUCAAAUAUUAAGAGUAAAAAAUGAAUUAUAAUAACACAACUUUAUUUUAUAAAUUAAUAACUUAUUUUAAUGA